CGGAAAGGCGAAAAUGCCCUCAUCGUUCUCGUUGAAUUCCCGAGAUUAUCCUAAUCCCGCCGACAUCGAGCCGGAGCGGCGAAACCGCCAUAGCCAUUGAAGAAGGGCUUCUCUCUUUCUCUCUCUUUCUCGACCGCAAAUGGUUCGUCAAUCCAUGGGGCGUUUUCUUCAGAACAUGCGUCUCGCCAAUGAUGUGUUGAAGAGACAGGAGCCCCAUAGAAGGUUAGCGUCUGCUGUGCUUUGUAGACAUCAAUCGCAAGUGUCGAAUACCGAGGAGCUCGACGCCGAGGAGACGAAGAAAAAUGGGGGUGGAGUUUCUCCGGGGCAUGAAGUGCGGAGGGAGACUUUUUGUGGUUCUGGGACGAACAGGCAUAGCUCUGACGACGAGGAUUUGAGUGAUGGCAAGUGGAAGAUCGAGCUAGCUUGGCUCACGAAGGCUUUGGAACCGGCGCUGCAGAUGUGCAGGUGGGCUUUACCUACAGGGAAUGGAGGUCAAAGCGGAAGUGGGUCGCCACCAACUGCCAGGUCUGUUUCGGAGAUCAUUGCAAGCAUCCAAAGGAGUAAAAUGGGAGUCCAAGACUGGAGCCUAAGUGAUCUUACUGUGGGCUUGUAUUUUAUUUAUCUUCGUCAAGCAUCUGCAAAUCCUUUAGAGGAUAUAAAUGGCGUUUUGAUAUCUUCUGAUGCAAUAGUCCAAGAUCUCAUGUAUCACACUGAAUUGGCAAAAGGUUGUUAUAAGGAUAGUGCCGCUGGUCUUGCCAGAAACAGCAUGCUUCGAGAAAGCAACGUGCUAAAAUAUGUGAAAAACUCUAGCAUCUUGAGGCCUGGUUAUUACAUAGGGAUUGAUUAUCGUAAGAAACUUGUAAUAUUUGGAAUUCGCGGAACACACUCUGUGUAUGAUCUGAUCACCGAUGUUGCCUCUUCAAGCCAUGAAGAAGUCACAUUUGAGGGCUACUCAACCCAUUUUGGUACUGCCGAAGCCACACGCUGGUUUCUUGCUCAUGAGAUUGGAACCAUCAAGCAGUGCUUAGAUAAGCAUCAGGGUUUUAGGUUAAGACUAGUUGGUCAUUCUCUUGGUGGUGCUAUAGCUUCUUUACUUGCAAUAAUGCUGCGCAAGAAAUCAGAAAAGGAGUUGGGUUUCAGCCCAGAACUUGUUUCUGCUGUUGCAUAUGCAACACCGCCUUGUGUUUCCAGAGAGCUAGCUGAAAGCUCCUCUGAUUUUGUAACAACUGUCGUUAUGCAGGAUGAUAUAGUACCAAGAUUAAGUGCCGCUUCAUUGACAAGACUGAGAAAUGAGAUUCUUCAGACUGACUGGACUAGUAUAAUUGAAAAGGAAGACUGGAAAAGUAUCAUGGAACUGGUUUCAAAUGCAAAACAGGUUGUCUCUUCAGUCCAAGAUGUGGCAAGGAAACUUGCUUAUUAUGCUAAGUUCAGGACCAACAAAGAAUAUUUGGAUUCAUCCAUCCAACAGGAAUCAGAUAUUGUUCCUAGAGUUCCCCCCUUGUCCAAACCCGCAGCAGACGGCGAUUCUGUUUUGGAGAAGGAACAAACAAUGCCUGAAGAGUUAUUUGUGCCAGGUACUGUGUAUUACCUGAAGAGAAAUACGGACUGUAACUCAAAUAGUGGUAUUGAGUACUUCACUCUAUGGAGACGGCAUCCUGGUGAUCAUUUUCAGAGGAUAGUGCUUUCCAGCAAUUUAAUUUCGGAUCACAAAUGUGACAGUCAUUACUUUGCAUUAAGAGAUGUACUCAAAAGUUUGCCAGCAUCAACUAAUGACGACAUCUUAUUCCAAUAAAAAGAGGCAUUUGCUGUAGAGUUUACCCCCAGCAUCUGGUGAACAGUAUAAUGCAUGCUGGGGAAGUUCCAUCUUUUGUGAGGCUUAUUAGCAUGUUUCACCCAAUCCUUGAGUUUCAUAUCAUAAACGAAAGGAGAUCCCAUAUCAGAAUUGAGUUGAUCUUAUAUUUGUGAUCAUAUGCACUUCUUCUCACUGACUGGGACAAAAGUGCUCGUGCCCCAUAACAUAGCAGUGGGUUUGUGCUAGUGCGGAUGGACGUGCUCGAGCUAGGUUAUAAGCAUGGUGCUCGAACUAGGUUAUAAGCAUGGUGCUCUUGCAAGACGGUGAACUUUGAGGUGGACUGGUGAAUGGUUAUUUCUUCUUUGAAUUACUCUUCAGAAGUAUCUCACCUCUAGAAAAUUGUCAAUGUGUGGCAUGCUUAGUGUAUUUUAUGGAUAAUGAACAUAUUUUCAUGUUAGGUCACAGCGUGAGCAUCUUGUACCUAGUCUGUCUCACUUACAUCGUGUUGUCGCUGCUAACAUUUGGGUUCUGGACGUGAUCUUCUAUAAUUUUUUCCGUCUGCUUCGGACUGUCUAUGUAAAACAUCAGCUGACAGUAUAGAGAAUGUAUGCACAUAUCCAACAAGAGAAAAUUGGUGACAAUAAAUUUUCUUUGCUA